GAGGCAGGCUUCGUGGACCAGCGCCUAACGACACGUGCGCCACCGGGAGCAAAGACGCGCAAAUACAGUUUCCCUUUCCAGAGCACGAAUUGCAGCGAGGAGCCCAGUGCAGAGCUGGACGGCGAGCAAGACAUGCAGCACUGCUUUCGUCGCCUCUAUGCCACCAUCCCCGAUGCCGCCGCCAUAGCCCGUACAACAUCCACGCCUCGCUCUGUCCGUCUGCGUCGCCUCCGGAUUAAAAAGACCAAGCACCCCAACCUCCCCGCUGAGUCGGACGCGACACCAGAAGGCCUCACCCCGACCGAACUCGCACGCUUCAACCGCGCGCUGCGCGGUGUGCGCCAGGUGGUCAACGACGCCGGCGAGGCGGAGGAGCAGGUCGUCGGCCAGAAAAUAUACCUCCCCAACAUCACCAUCCGCUUCCCGUACAACCCCUACGAGGCCACGUUCCGCAUCCCCCCGUCCAUGACGAAGACCGACCUGCGCGCGUACCUCUCCGCCGUCUACGGCGUUCAGACGACGUACAUCCGCACGGACAACUACCUCUCCCCCCUCACCCGCGACCCGCGCACCCACUCGUGGACCCACACCGUCGCGCACAAGACGUUCAAGCGCGCCGUCGUCGGUCUCGUCGAGCCGUUCUACUACCCACAGGCGAUGGAGGACAUGUCCGCGGAGGAGCGGAAGCAGAGGGAGGACUGGCUGGAGCAAAACUUCCAGCUGAAGCAACAAGAGGCGGCGAGGAAAAGCGAGCUACUUUCUCUCCAGGGCGGCCCCCGUCGCAAGCCGGGCAUUCCGACCAGCAGGAAAGACAUUCUGCAGCACCUCGCAGACAGGAGGGCGGCGCGUGAGCGCGCCAUCGAGCAGGCGAAGGCGGAGAUGCAGACUGAGAGGAAGGUUGAGGAGGUUACAGUGUAAUGCGUACCGUACAGUUCGCAUUGCAACGGAUUGCUUGCGCGAUCCUCUAUGUCAGUGUUCGUACCCUUCAGCUCAGCAUACUCUCGACGCAAUCAUAAUACAAC